AUUCCUCUCCUCCUCCUCCUCCCUCCCCUUCUCCUCCUCCUCCCCGCGCUCCCUCCCGUUCUUCCUCCCGCCCCCUGCGGCUUUUCCUGUACAACGCGGAGGCCGCCCUCACCCGGCAGCUCCUGGAGCAGCUGGGUCUGGGCAGGCGGGUGGAGGUGGUGGAGGAACUGAAUAGGGCGCAGGCGAUUGUGGCGGCGAAGAUGAACAGGAAGGGCAAGCACGUCAACCUAACACAGGGUGAGCGCACGGCUGCCAACACGGGCCUUCCCUUCCUGGUGGUGGGGCGCCACAUGACGGCCAGCAACCUGGCAGCCGCGCUGCAGCCGCUGCUGCCGCCCGGGCUGCUGCCACCUGGGCCGCAGGCCGGCGCCGCGGAUACUGGGACGACGGCAGCAGCAGGCGGAGGAGGAGCAGCCGAGGGUGGUGAUGAUGGGGUUGGUGGUGGCAGUGGUGGUGGUGGGGCUGCAGGAGCGGCAGCAGGGGGCCGGGGUGUCCCCAGUGCGGCCGAGCUGAGGGCACACCGGGCGGAGAUGAUGCAGGGCUUUGCGCAAUUCGCGAGGGCAUCGCAUCAGCAGAAGCAGGAGUUGCAUUCGUAGCAUGGGUGUGGUGGUGUGUGCAGUUUCAGCAGGUCAAUAGCAACAGAUGUAGGAGCACGAGGGCUUCGUCUCAUAUUAGUAAUUGCAGGAACGGCAGCAGCAGCAGCAGCAACGGAACCAGGAUGGCGAGGCAGAGCAUCAGAGAAGGAGCAGAGCUACCUGUCACAGCGGUGGCCGCCGUUCCCGCUGCAGCUGGCAAUGGCAUGACAGCAUGAGCGGCAGGUCUCGGCAGCAGCUCUCGUACACGCCACGAAAGCGGUUGGCAAGGGAGAGGGUGGCGACGAGGCUCGGAGGGC